AUGAGUAUGUUGAGAAAUCACUCAAACACAGAUCUUGAUGAGGCCCCACAUACUUUACGCUCAGAUCUAUGCAGUCCAGUGAUUUCAAUACUAAGACCAUCACACCAUUCUUUGUCUCCUAUAUCCAAUGCCUUGGAAAUUAGCCAGUCACCUACCAGAGCCUUAAUUGAUGAACCACGCAAGAGCCAGUGCUCUGUAUUGGACACACAGACUCCUUGUAUGAGUACUAUUUGUAAUGAAAGUUCAAGCUGCAAGCCUGCCUCUUCAGAACUCCCUAGCAAUCUAUGUACCACCAAUCAGGAGAAAAUCCAGCAAUCUUCUAGUCAUUUGUGUUUGACAAGCAAGAGAAAUGAGGAGGCAGUCUCAGAAAACAAGAACACUGAUGGACAAGUUCUUUCGCAUAGUUCUCAAACUUUUCCAGUUCCACCCAAUUCAAACCUUUCAGAACAAAUGCAUGAAUUAUCUCUUGGCGUAACUAUUCAUAAAAGCAAUGUCUUGUCUGAGCCAGCAUCACAUAUAUGUAACAUAUUUUCUAGUUCUGAUAUGACUCCAUCUCCUUCUGUUAAUUCUUCCCCUUCUAUUAAUUCUUCAGACCAGUUUUUCAGUUUUGUCAUUUUUCAUGCCCCUGAAGACCAAGAGAUAGCUAGCAGGGUUUGUAAUGUUUUAGAACACCAUGUGGUUGGCAAAGGUACAACGUUUGGUGAGGGAUUUGAGACUCCAGGAGUUAGCCUUUUAACGUGUCUUGAAAAUGCGGUAGAAAACAGUGCAUAUAUUGUACUUUUGCUCACUAAUGCUUUUUUGAACGCUACAUGGGGUGACUUCCAGAGUACUACAGCAAUGAUGAAUUCUAUAGAAAAGGCUCACAAACUGGGGAGUGUCAUUCCUUUUUAUCCCCAAGAAAAAAGAAAAACAGAUUGUACAAUGCCAAUGUGGCUAAGAACCUUGAUUGCCUUGGAUGAAAGUUCUCCUAUCUUUAAAACUAAAGUGCGUAACACAUUCAAGCAGGAAGUAAUUAGGAACCAGAAUGAACUGUGGGAAAGGAAAAGAAUUAUGUCAGAUUUUCAACCACAAAAUAUUUCCCUACAAUGGCUGAUGGGUGAAGCCACUGCUGUUUCACCACACCAAACCCAACCUCCAAUUCACUCUGCAUUUCAUGGACAGACUCCAGUUAUACAGAUCAGCCAUGCCAGCAAUGUGCAAAUAGGCAAUCAAAACAGUAUGAACAUCCAGUUUUCACCAAAUGAGCCACAAAUUGAUUGUGAUACAAACAUUUAUCAUGAUGCUGAAAAUGAAACUGCAAAUUAA